AUGGGCACAACACUCCGGAUAGUUAGGACUGCCUGCAAGCACAGAGCUCCUUGGAUUUCACACAAGACAGGCUGUUCACAUAUUUCAGUGCACUCACCUGGAGGGCUUACCACAGCAAAGAUGGCCAGCCGGCCCAGAGUUUCAGAUUCAUUGUUUUCUGUCAUGGAAUUGGCCAAAAUGUCAGACAUGACAAAGCUUCACCAAGCUGUUGCUGCAGGAGACUACAGCUUAGUGAAGAAGAUUUUAAAGAAAGGUCUCUGUGACCCAAACUACAAAGAUGUAGACUGGAAUGACCGGACCCCACUUCACUGGGCUGCAAUCAAAGGGAAAAUGGAGGUGUUUCGGCUCCUGAUAGAAUACGGAGCCAGGCCCUGCCUGGUUACUAGUGUGGGCUGGACCCCAGCUCAUUUUGCAGCAGAAUCAGGCCAUCUGAAUGUACUCAGAACUCUCCAUGCAUUGCACGCUGCCAUCGAUGCCCCCGACUUCUUUGGAGACACACCAAAGAGGAUUGCACAGAUCUAUGGGCAGAAAGCCUGUGUGGCAUUUCUGGAAAAGGCAGAGCCUGAGUGCCAAGACCACCGCCGUGCUGCCCAGCAGAAGGGGCUGCCUCUGGAUGAGUGCGAUGAAGACUGGGAUGCCAAGAAAAGGGAGCUAGAGCUAUCUCUUCCUUCCCUAAAUCAAAACAUGAAUAAAAAGAAUAAGAAAAGUCGAGGCCCUACCAGGCCCAGCAAUACCAAGGGGAGGAGAGUAUGAGAACUCAACCUUACGUUUUCUGGCAGGGAACUUCUCCUGUCAGAAUUGAGGCUGUUAGGCGUGGUGGCCUUUCCAUGACUUUACUUACAGACCCUUACUCAUCUGGCUUCUGCCAAAAGCCCAUGGACCUGUCAUUAGGUGCUGUCUACAUGGGCUGUUGUUUCCUGGCUAGCACCUACUGUGUACAAUAAUUGCCAGGAGAGGACAAAAUCUGCUUGCAUUUUGUCAUCAGUGUCAUCUGUUUGCAUGGUCAGCAUCUUUUGUCCCCUGCCCCCCAACAAUGAUAGAAUUUCAGGGGACAAGGAAACUCUGGCAUGAAUUAACUUCAUCCCUGAUAACAAACGAGAGAUAAUGUAAAAUAAUGAACAUGUGAUUAUAGGCCUACUUUUUCAACUGUAAAUUUUGGAAAAUUAGAUCAGAUAAUUCCAAUAAAAACUUGCCUCCAAAUUGAGAUGCAAAAUACACAUUAGAUUUCAAACACUUAGUACAAAAAUAUAACAUGUCUCAUUAGUAAUACUUAACAUUGAUUAUACAUUAAAAUGAUAAUAUUUUGGAUAUUGCAUUGAAUAAAAUAUAUCACCAAAAUGAA